GGUCAUCGCCGUCGCAUGGAAAAUCCGCGCAGUUCGUGGUUGCGCGACCAUCGAAGAGGACAGGUCUCUACACACAUUCGGUCCCGUAAGGGUUUCAGUGACGUUUGUGCUAGCGUAGGAGAUAGGCAGAGGAAGGAAGAUUGACAUAUUAAGCACAUACACCAGUGUGAACCGAUUGUCGCAUUGAUCAUCGAAGAUGUUCACCGGGUUAACGAAUCAGAUGUCUACAUGGAUGGGCAAGAAGGGAGAGGAAGCCGGCCCGGAGAUGCCGGCUCCCGAGAAGAUUCCCGUCGCUGAAGGCGAAGAUGCAAAUAAAAAUAGUCCGACUAAAGGCGGAAGCAAGCUGGAUAUGCUGGUUGGCGUGAAGUCUCAAAUGACGGGCUGGUUUACUGGUAUUCCGGGUCUGAGCCGUGGACAAGGAGGCGAAGGUGAAGCACAGCCCGGAGCUCCGAACGAUGCGCAGGUAUUGCAAAACACCGAGGCUGCUCCCGCCGAGGAACCGACGAAAGACGACGACGCCAGUAGAACUGCUACUGGCGGCGCGGAUAGUGGUCCCGCGAGUUUAGAAGGCUCUCCAUCCGAGGAUAAGAACGGACAGGCAUUCGGCGGCGUUUCGACGAAGGCGCUGGCAGGUGCUAAGAGCUUGGGCGGAUUUCUGUACAGUGCCGUGAACAAGGCUGGAAAGACCGUGGUCGAGGCUGGUGCCAAAGUCAAGAAGACCAUCGAGGAGAACAGAUUGGUCGCUGAGCUGAAUAAAGAACAGCAGGCUUUCAUUGCUAGCAAGCACACCGAAAAGGGUGAGGCUGUUGCACCGUGGGUCGGUGCACCUAACGAGGACGUACUACGCGAGGAAUGCUUAUCUCUGUCGACGGACCAGCGCAACUUCCUGAGACCACCACCCGAAGGAGUGGAUUUCCACUGGGACUUCGAGGCCGUGCAACCGAUGGCGGAGGCCACUCUGGCGCUCGAUCCCAACCUGCAGGAGAUGAGGUUCCGUCUGGUACCCAAAGAAAUAUCUGAAGAGAAUUUCUGGCGUAACUACUUCUACCGGGUAUCGGUCCUGCGCCAAAGCCACGAGCUGAACACAAUGGCCAAUCAGGCGGAAAACAAUGUAAACCAAACCACUACCGGAAGCGUGGAUCAACCUGAAGUUCAAGCGAGCACCGGGCAGGAAAGCGGCGGAACCGUGACGACCAGAAGUAACAGCGCGUCGGCCGAUUCGCCGGCCCACGAAUUCGUGUCCGAUAGCAUGAGGGUCUCGGACACGGACCUCGAGGAGGUCAGAGAAGGCAUGAAAAAACUGGGGAUGCAGCCGCCCAAAGCUGAAGAAGAUUGGGAACGCGAAUUGGAAGCGGAGCUGAAGGAUUACGAGGUAGUGACAGGAAACGAGGAGAGGAACGCGACUACGGGCAGCGACGCGUUGGAUAAAGACGAUUGGGAGAAGCAGAUUGACGACUUGCUGGAGAACGACGAGGACCUCAAGUGAACGGAACGGUGACAGGGAUCGUCUUUCUGAAUAGGGACGAUCUCUGUGUCUUUCUUCCAUCGACCUUCCUCCAGUCGUCUCGGUCAGAAGGGAAAGGAUCGCUCUUUCCCUUCCGUCGAGACGCGAAGGGUGGAAGAUUUUUUUUUUCGUGGAGGCCAUGGAAGAAGGGAGAAACGCGAGAGAGAGAGAGAGAGAGAGAGAAUGAGACUACGACUGUUUGUUUUACUUUUAUUUUUGAUAAGGCGACGAAAGGACGGGGAAGUCGAAAGAGGGAAGAUCGGAGGAAUAAUUUUCCUUGUUUCCUCUUCCGUGGGUUGCUUUUCUGGACAGCACGUACGGUUGCGAUCCUCGAGCACGAUGAAGAUGAGAAAAGUGACGCUGGAGCUAUGACCAUGUAAAUGAACGACGUCGCUACUCGAUCUUGCUUCUCCGUCGAUAUUCCAUCCAUCGAUGAUACACGGAUCUUCCGGAUACGGUGCGAAAUACCCGUUGUUACACCUGUGCACAGACGAUACUUUUAACGCCAUACUUAUGUCAAUUGUUAGUCGACUCGUCUUUGAUUCGCAAGGACGAAGUAUCUAUGUAAGAUUCAUUGAGGACAGAAGUGAAAAUUCCAAGUAAUUCUCUCGUUUGUAUUAUCGAUCCUCUUGAAUACAUAUUUAACGAACAAAACAACUAAAAAUAGACGAAGCUGCAUCGAGCCUGUUACGUAACUUUGCCCGAAGUGCACUAUGUAGUAUAUCGCGAGAGGAAAAAUGAAAUUGGUCGUCUCUUCAUCGGGUUCGAAGGAUCAAGGUAUAUCCGAAGUGACACAUUACACUGCCGUGUGUGCCGAAGGACACCGUUUCGAACGAGUAUCGUCGAGUAUCGUUCCCUAACGAGAAUAAGAAAAGAGACGAGCGUCACGCCUUUUCAUCUUCAAUCGUGAAUCGUUGCACGCCAAAGAUGAAUCGUGACUGGAGGAAGAAGAGAUUAGGAAAGAUUCUUGCAGAUUAACAUUUCUGUUAUUAUAAUUAUUAGACGCAUUUGUUGAUGUUGCAUCCCGAGGGAUAUCUGCGUUAUCCUUUGCGUUGAAUCUCGCCCAUUCAUUGUACGUUUGCAGUUACCGGAUAUUCUUGAACAUCGAUCGGAGUGUCCACGUCAGGAGCAAGUUAUCUUUUAAAGUUAAUUAAAAUCGUUGAUAAGAAACAACUUUCAACGUGCCGUCCAUUGAUUUCCUCGACCCCGAGUAACCGAGGCGAAACAAAAAACGGAUAAAAAGGGAUGAUGUUCUUGCAUCUUCGGUUGAAACGGGCUUCUAUCACGUGGACAUUACAAUCGAUCAGAAAAUAAUAGAACGUUUGUUUGUUGAUCGUUACGUUUGAGCGAACAAUGAAUUUACGAGGAGGAGGAGGACCGAUAAGAAAGUCUCGUAAGACUUAAAAGAGAGAUAAAUUAUGAUCGUUGUAUUGACGAUCGAGAAAAAGGUCGAGCGUCGCAUUCGAAUAAAAUUUCAUAUCCAAUUGAGACGUACGUUUCGCGUGCGCCACUGUAUCGUUGAGUCCAGGCCACUUGUUUGAUCCUUAUUAGACCUAAAAGAUUUCUUUGAUCGAAUAGAUUCUAGGCUCGACCGCGUGCACGUAUUUCAACCGUUUCGCCUGUAAAGCGGUCUCAUUCGCACUACUCGUUAGAUCGGUAAUACGGUACGUGUACGCAUAUUUAAUGUUAAGACGUCGCAAUUACUCGGGCCUAAAGUUUGUCGAGAAGCGUUAAUGAAAGACGGAAACGCGCGCCGUACAUUUAUCACGUAGAGAGAAGACGAGAUACUCAUUCGAACGCGUGCAGAAACGUUGAACGUCUUUCGUUGACCAGCUGUAUAAUAUUGUAUUCUGUGAUUCCGUUCAAAAGGCGAUCCUCGUGUUAUCUAUAUUUAGUCGAAGUUUCGUGUGUCCUCUUUGCCCCCGACUGUGAAAUGUGAGGAAACGUAAAAUACAUUUUCGCGACGAGUCCUUCAUCUUUUUGGAUGGCCAGAUCGGUGGAUCGGGAAAGUAAUAUUGAAUUAUCGUAUAAUAAUAAUGUAUAAUAUCGAUGAACGUACGUCUUUCCCUUCAAUGGCCAAAACAACAAACGAGCAUAAAACGAUUAAGUAAACAAAAUUAUACAUAGAGAAUGCGAAGGAAAAAAACAAAGAACAAAUAAAUCAUCAUGGUGUACUUCGGCAGUCCCCCUAUUUUAAGAACGACUCUGUGAAUUGUGUAAUUAAAAAAAAAGCUAUCCUAUGGUACAGUGGAUUCACUCAUACGGAUGAACACACCACCCGAUACGUAUAUAUAAAACGAUAUACAUAAAUAUACACAUGAGAAUAAAUAAAAAAUAUAUAUAUAUGUUGUUGACUCCAUUGAAAGUAUGAUAAUAUAUUAUGAAUAUUAAUGAGAGUAUAAGGAGGACAAGCAUUAAUUACGGAACUAUUAAGAGAAUAAUUAAUAUAAGUGCGGAAUGUAACAAUAAAGGUCGUGUACCUCGUGAGAAAUAAACUGAAAAUAAGUCGAUUAA